AUGAAGGCGUUUUCCUCUUACUUCCUCUGUUGAAUGUGGUGAAGUCAUAUAUUUCAGACACGGGUAUUUACUGCAUUCACUCCUGUCCAGAAGAGCGGGAACACAGACACAAACGCUAACCCACCUCUGCUCACCUGAGACAACAACACAAAGACUGACAUGUCAAACAGAGGUCAACAGUUUGGUCUGAGCCGUGAGGUUCAGAAUAAGAUUGAUAAGAAAUACGACCAAGAACUGGAGGAAAGGCUGGUGGAAUGGAUAAUUUGUCAGUGUGGUUCUGGUGUGGAGCGGCCUGAGCCCGGCAGGGUCGGCUUCCAAACAUGGCUCAAGGACGGAUGUGUGCUGGGUGAACUCAUCAACAGCCUGUCUGGAGCCAAAAAGCCCAUCAGAGUUAUCAAGAGCUCCACUAUGCCUUUUAAACAGAUGGAGCAAAUCUCCUUGUUCCUUCAAGCUGUGGAAAGCUAUGGAGUCACUAAAACUGAUAUGUUCCAGACUGUGGACCUUUAUGAAGGCACAGACAUGGCUACUGUCCAGAGGACUCUGAUGGCUCUGGGGUGUUUGGCAGUCACAAAGGAUGAUGGGAAUUACAAAGGAGAUCCCAAUUGGUUCCAUAGGAAGGCACAAGAGAACAGGAGGGAUUUCUCAGAGGAACAGCUGAGCCAAGGCAGAAAUGUCAUUGGCCUGCAAAUGGGCACAAAUAAAGGAGCAUCUCAAGCUGGAAUGACAGGCUAUGGUCAAUCCAGGCAGAUUAUGAACAACCCCUGAAGCCAAGCACCGCUGCUACCCUGCUCCAACACACUCCUCCUCUCUGUCCUCUAAAACACAUGGGGAACAAACUCUGACUCUUACCUUGGUACCUUAACUGGACCAAAACAGGGACCAGUGAGAAUAUUCACACAUGUACAACACACACACAGCCACACAUUCCAUAUUGAGGCUAUACAAAUAAUUUGACCAUUACAGACAAUUAGCUUUUACAUGUUUUCAAAAUUUACAACUACACCUUUGAUUGUAAAUACAAUAUUUGUUAUUCAAGUUUUAUCUUAAUCUUUUAAUCCAUUGAAUAUAUCUUACAUUAUCAUUUAUUUUUUUCAAAUAAAAAUCAACUCAAUCGUCAGAGACUUGUAACUAGCUUAAGCUAAAUAAUUCAUCAUAUUCAACUAAAAGUUUAUUAUUUCUAUAUAAUAAAACAUUUGGGAACUUA